UGGCCGCGUCCAUGUGGUGAAUCUCGGUGAAUCUCUCAUUUGAAUGUGGUAAAUUUCUCUUCUAAUUAUGAUCUGGCAGAACAUUUAAAUGUCGCAGAAUCAUGAUUUAUUGCUCUAAGCAACAAUAGACGCACCAGUGCGGAGCGAUCGCGAGCGAACUAAUGAGAAAUUCGUCUGAUCCGUGGAAAUUUCGUUCAGCAGAUUCACAUCAGCAUUAUCAACGCAGUAAAUUGAGGAACAGCACAUUCCAUUUUUACCAUCAGUUUGCCACCAAGGCAAAAGAUCUGACAUGGAGGAAGUAUUUCUCGGGGGCGUGGCAGCCUGCGGGGCUGGAUUUUUCACCAACCCUCUGGAGGUGGUGAAGACCCGCAUGCAACUGCAGGGAGAGCUAAAAGCGAGAGGGCACUACGCCGUCCACUACCGCGGCGUCUUUCACGCCUUUAUAACGAUAGCCACCAAAGACGGGUUAUUCGCCAUACAGAAGGGCCUCGUGCCCGCUCUUUGGUAUCAGUUUUUCAUGAACGGUGCCCGCCUGGGGACGUACCAGACUCUCUGCAAUAAGAAGAUAAAUACAAACGCUGACGGGAGCGUUAGUGUAGUGAAGAGCAUUCUUUGCGGGGCCUUUUCGGGUACCCUUGGAGCCGUGGUGGGAAGCCCGCUGUAUAUGGUGAAAACCCACCUUCAGGCCAAGUCAGUGGAGGAGAUAGCAGUUGGGCACCAGCAUAAACACGAGUCCAUGUGGACAGCCUUCCGCCAGAUCUACAACCAGUAUGGUAUCAAGGGGCUCUGGAGGGGGGUCACGGGAGCAGUCCCGAGGGUCACUGUAGGGUCAGGGGCACAGCUGGCAACCUUUUCUAAGGCUUGUCAUUUUGUGGAAGGAACGCAGAUAUUCAAGAAAGAUAGCAUACUUAAUGCUCUCAUAGCCAGCAUGAUGAGUGGAGUCGUUGUCGUUAUCUGCAUGACGCCCUUCGAUGUGAUCUCAACGCGCCUCUACAAUCAAGGCAUAGACAAACAUGGAAAAGGACUUUUUUACGAUGGCUUUCUAGACUGUUUCACCAAGAUGUUCAAAUCGGAAGGACUGUGGGGUUUUUACAAGGGCUGGGCUCCCUCCCUCUUUAGAUUAGGUCCACACACGGUACUGAGUCUGGUCCUCUGGCGAAUGACAAGGAACUUUUAUGCCAGCUUUAAAGAAGAGAAGGCUUGAUAUUUUUGACAUGAUGAUCCUGUUAGGAAGUGUGUUUCUAGCUGAAAUGAGUCCAAACUAUUCAUCUCAGUUAGCUCUAGUUUUAAAGGAGAAAAGUUCUUAUGUUGUUGAUGUUCAUAAAAUCCAGUGAUAUACAACUUACUGUAUGAUUAGGGUUCAGUUUAACAGAAGAACUCUCAAGUAAUAGUCUAAAGUAAUAGAUUGAAAUCUUAGUCUACUUUAACCCAGGAUAAAUCAGUAGUCCACUAACAUGAAAUAUUCAAUCUGUGUAAUAACAGUAGACAUUUUAGAACAAUGAUAACUUUAUUUUAGUGGACUUAAGUGGGUCUAAUUUGAAUUGAAGUAGACAUCUCUAAUUUUGGCUGUAAAGAAUAGACUCAGCCUUUGGUCUAAAAAUUUAAUGAAACAACCCCUGUUACAGCUCAAGCUUCCAUUGCUCAGGGAUCAGGGGAAUAAAGCUCCCAAAAAUACUGUAAAAAUAUUUAGUGAGGAUAGAUCUGUUCAUUAUUUUUUUAGUAUAUGGGAAAGGUCUGACUGUACUGCAUAGAGCUGAAUUUAUAUAUUGAAACCCAUUAUUGGGACCAAGUGCCUUUAGACAAUUAUUAUACAAAGGACUUUCAUGUGUAUUAGUUGAAAAUAGUAUCUCAGUACUAUCAUUCAAUAGCUUUUAGUAAGGUAGUGGAAAAUUUGCACAUUAUUAUUCACUGUGAGAUUUUUUAUAAAGAUACUCUUGUGAUUCAUUCACGCCUGAUAUAUGAUAUUAUUCUUUCAAUUAUAGACUGUAGAUUAUAAAAAUUAUAAGUUACGACAUAAACUUGAUAUGGUUAACUUAAUAGUUUAUAGGCUGGACUAUAUAUUUGAUUUCAUUUGUAAUUGCUCAGUAAAUUAAAACAGUGCGCAUUGUUAUUUUUAUAAUAAACCUUGAAAAGGUAGUCUAAGGAAAUGAGAAAAGGUUUCAAAACUUUAUGAGAUUUUUAAAGCCCCUAGAUAAGGGGUCACUACAACAAAAGAAUGAACAGAUAGCAAGUUUGUUCUGAAAUUGAUUCAGCUCUUUCUGUUUUAGAGCCUACAGUAAGGUUAGCUAUUGAAAUGUACACAUACAAAUUGUAAACAUUACAAUAUGUUGUAUCUGCUGCACCAAGCUCAAUCUUCUUGCAAUCUUCUUUUGUACAUAAACUGAUUCAGAAAUGAUAUUCAAUUUUCAGAAAUGCUCAAAGGUCAUGUUGGUGAUAUUUAGAGUCUUUAUAUAAGAUUGUUUACACUUUGUGUUUAUAAUUACAGUACAAGUUAAAGUAUUUCCAGUAAUUCUUUUAAAUUAAAAACUAUGUUUCAUGUGUUGCAUUUGGUCAGUGGGAGGUAAAAAUUUGGGGUAGUAAUUGUUUUGGGGGAUGAAAGGAUGUAACUGAAAGUCUCCCCAUGGCAUAUUACUUGUAUAUAUACUGUAUACAGGGCCAUUUACAAGAGUACAUGUACAUUGUAUGACAAAACAUUGUUAGUGCAUUUUAAAGAUGAAAAAAAUGUGAAACAGUGGCAAUAUAUCCAGGACAUUGCAAAAAAAUAAUCAGGGACAAUACUGUGGUAAAUAGCAUGUGGUUCUAAACAAUGUUUUAUGGAACAUUUUAUAUAGCAAGGGUAUAUAGAUUUUAUAAUUAGACAUACAGACUAACAUAUGUAUUCAUGGGUCAUGUAUAAUAAUAUGAUAAAAAUAAUGGGAUGGCAUAAGUAUAACAAGGCAAAAUAUUUUUUUCAUGUAUUAUUGUUAAUGAAA